GCCUAUUGUGAGCUCUCACACCUUUAUGAGCGCCGUGGAAUGCGGCUGUUUUCCGCUAUCCCGCUGCGCAAAUCUCGAAUCCAGUCAUCUGUUCGGAUCGACACGCUGAUCCUAGGCACUCAUAUCCUGGAUGUCGGCCGACGUCGCAUGGGGAAACUCACUGAUGAACGCAAGCAGGAGCUGUGGGGGCAGUUUAUCAACAUGAAUAACAAGGUCUUCAAACAUCGAAAGAAGCUGGGUCUCAAAUUUGAUGGGUCAAUCGGCACCAACGGGUAUUCCGUUACCAUCCACUUCAAGAAGCCAGGGCUCAAGUAUGGGUAUCGUGCCCGGAAGCGCAGCAAAGCCCAAAUGCGGGAAGAAGUCAAGCAGCUGUAUUUUGAGCACCACAUUGACGAAUUAAGGGAGGCUCCAAACAUCGUCUGCAUUGAUCCGGGCAAGCGUGACCUCCUGUUCUGUCAAGACAACAAGAAGGAGCGGCCAUUUCGAUACACAUCCAAUCAACGGGCGGUCGAGACAAAAUCUCGGUUCUUUCAAAGCGACAUGAGAGAGCAAAAGAUCAAUGCCGGCAUCGCCAAGAUGGAAUCACAUAUUCCAUCGCACAAGAGCAUGAACAUCGAGGCGUUCUCAGCGUUCAUUGUGGAUCACGUACAUGCGGAUCCCGCCCUGGAUGAGUUUUACCGGGAUGAGAUUCACGUGGCUCGCAGAUUCAAGGCGUUCUCACUGCGGCAAAAGUCUGAGAGCAAGCUCAUUAAGAACAUCCGACGCCGGUAUGGAAAGCAUUUUUCGGUCAUCUUGGGUGAUUGGAGCGAUGCUGGGAAAACGAUGCGCUUUCAGGAGUCAUCGAAGACCAAGGGAUUCCGCACACUCUUUGCAAGAAACAGCAUUCCAUGCUACUUGCUAGAUGAGUAUCGAACGUCGUCCGUGUGCCCCCACUGCCACGGUCGUGUGAGGAAAAACAUCCGACGAUGGCUAUCACCUCGGCCGUGGCAAGCUAGAAAGGGAAGAAAGGAGUUCGUCCAUGGAUUGGUGGGUUGCCCCAACCCCGAAUGUAUCAACCAAGACUGGACGCCAUUUGGGAUUCCUGGAAGACGACCACUACGACUACGGAUGAAAGUGCACAAUCGGGACGUCCUAAGUACCAAGAAUUUCCUCUCGAUUGUGCGUUCGGUGGUGCUUGGCAAUGGCCGCAGACCAGAUGCAUUCUCCCGGUAGUCUAGAGUUUUCACCCCAUCCCAUUUUCCGUGGUGGUUAUCUGCCAUCCACAUCAUUGUACCUCUGCCGGAGGCAUCGCCGAUGAUGGCAACUUGUAACAUAGAAUGGCGGGUAGGGAGGCAGGGCGAGGCAGGCAUGCGGGAUGCAGUUUAGCUCGAUUCGCGAACGGAAGCUCAGAACAACGGAAAACGGCGUAUCAGUUUGUUCCCGUAAUUGCUUGCGCGGCGUUCGGAGAACGGAAUAGAGAGAUGAGA